UGGUCAGCGCUCAGGGUCUCCAGGCCAAAGACAAGACGGGCUCCAGCGACCCCUACGUGACCGUCCAGGUCGGGAAGAACAAGAAGAGGACCAAGACGAUUUACGGGAACCUCAACCCCGUGUGGGAGGAGAAGUUCAGCUUCGAGUGUCACAACUCCUCGGACAGGAUCAAGCUGCGCGUGUGGGACGAGGACGACGACAUCAAGUCCCGCGUCAAGCAGCGUCUGAAGAGGGAGUCGGAUGACUUCCUGGGCCAGAGCAUCAUUGAGGUGCGCACGCUCAGCGGAGAGAUGGACGUCUGGUACAACCUGGAGAAGAGAACAGACAGGUCGGCUGUAUCGGGGGCCAUCCGGUUGCAGAUCAGCGUGGAAAUUGAAGGAGAGGAGAAAGUGGCACCCUACCAUGUCCAGUACACUUGCCUCCAUGAGAACAUCUUCCACCACUGUACGGACCUGGAGGGGGGCGGCGUGGUGAAGGUGCCCGUGGCGUACGGCGACGACGCCUGGAAGGUCUACUUUGACGAGCUGCAGCAGGACAUCGUGGACGAGUUCGCCAUGCGCUACGGCAUCGAGUCCAUCUACCAGGCCAUGACACACUUCGCCUGCCUGUCCUCUAAGUACAUGCUGUCAGGCAUCCCGGCUGUCAUGAGCACCCUGCUGGCGAACAUCAACGCCUUCUACGCUCACCCCACCGCCUCCACCAACGACGCCUGCGACCGUUUCGCCGCCUCCAACUUUGGGAGAGAUCGCUUUGUGAAGCUCCUGGAUCAGCUACACAACUCUCUCCGUAUUGACCUCUCCACGUACCGCAACAACUUCCCCGCCAGCAGCAAGCCUCGCCUGCAAGACCUCAAGUCCACCGUGGACCUUCUCACCAGUAUCACCUUCUUCAGGUUGAAGGUGCUGGAGCUGCCGAGCCCGCCCAGGGCUGCCCACGUGGUGCGCGACUGUGUCAAGGCCUGCCUCAACUCCACCUACGAGUACAUCUUCAACAACUGCCAGGAGCUGUACAGCCGCCAGUUCCAGCCCGCCGUAGAACCUCCAAAGCCAGCGAAGAAGGAGAAGAAGGAAGGAGAUGAUGAGGAUGAAGAGGAGGAGGAGGAAGAGGAAGAAGAGGAGGAGGAGAAAGAGAAACAGCCUGAGGAGCCUGGUCCGAGUAUCCAGAACCUGGACUUCUGGCCCAAACUCAUCACCCUCAUAGUAUCCAUCAUAGAAGAGGACAAGAACUCCUACACGCCCAUCAUCAACCAGUUCCCCCAGGAGCUGGACGUGGGAAAGGUCAGCGCUGAGGUCAUGUGGACACUUUUUGCUCAGGACAUGAAAUAUGCCUUGGAGGUCCUGGAUAAUAUUGACCACUACCACUGGAACCACGCGCCCCCCACAUUCCGCAUUCGCCGACUUGACUUUUAUGCUGAGCACGAGAAGCACAAGCUGUGCAAGAGCGCCGACUAUAUGAACCUGCACUUCAAGGUCAAGUGGCUGUACAACGAGUACGUCCAGGAGCUGACCACCUUCAAGGACACGACCCCUGAAUACCCCUCCUGGUUCCUCCAGUUCGUGCUGACCUGGCUGGCGGAGAACGAGGACGUGUCCAUGGAGUUCAUGCACGGCGCCCUGGAGAGGGACAAGAGAGAAGGGUUCCAGCAGACGUCGGAGCACGCCCUCUUCUCCAGCUCGGUGGUGGACAUCUUCACCCAGCUCAACCAGAGCUUCGAGAUCAUCAAGAAGCUGGACUGCCCCGACCCCAAGGCUGUGGCCCACUACUACCGCCGCUUCGCCAAGACCAUCACCAAAGUGCUGCUGCAGUACUGUGCCAUCCUGUCGAAGAGCUUCCCCUCCUACUGUGAAAAGGAGAAGAUACCCUGCGUGCUGAUGAACAACAUCCAGCAGAUGAGAGUGCUCCUGGAGAAGAUGUUUGAGUCCAUGGGGGCCAAGCAGUUCACUGUGGAGGAGGAAAGGCUUGAGAAUGAGGAGGAGCCCGAGGAGUUUGAUGAGGAGGCCAUCACUGACAACGAGGGAGAUGAUGACUUGUCUGGCUGCUCGGACUCAGAGGGUUCAGAGUCUGGCUCAAAGAAGGACAGGGCCGAAAAGAAGGACAAGGAGAAACAGGAGGACGCUAAGAGCAAACAGUCGAAGGAGGAAGUGAACCAGAUUGAAGCCACAGCCAGCUCAAAGAAGUUGGACUCGGAGGCAGCAGACAUUCUCAAUGACCUGCAGCUGAAACUCAACAUGGUGCUGGACAACUUCAGCGCCAUGUUCGGCAAGAGCUUCCUGGCGCGUAUCACCAGCUGCAUGCGCCAGAUGGCGGAGCUCCUCUACCAGAUCAAAGGAGCUCCCAACCGCAACGCGGCCGAGGCGGACGCCGACAACAUCCUCCGUCCCCUCAUGGAGUUCCUGGACGGAAACCUGAGCAUUUUUGCGGACACGUGCGAGAAGUCGGUUCUGAAGAGGAUCCUGAAGGACCUGUGGAAGACGGUGCUGAGCAGCCUGGAGAAGACCAUCGUCCUGCCUCAGAGCAACGACAGCUUUGGGGCACAGAUUCUCACCGCUGCCAAGGGGCUGUCUAACCUUAAGGGAGGGGGCGAGACCAAGACGCUCACACCUAAACAGUGUGUGAUCAUCGACGCGGCGCUGGAGACCAUCAAGCAAUACUUCCACGCCGGCGGGAACGGCCUGAAGAAGGCCUACGUGGAGAAGAGCCCCGAGCUGGCCUCUCUUCGCUACGCCCUCUCCCUCUACUCCCAGAGCACCGACGCCCUCAUCAAGACCUUCGUCUCCUCGCAACACGCGCAAGUGCACAAUGGGAUGGGCAUGAGGAUCGUUCCUAAUGAGAAGGUUCGACCAGACAGGGGCUCCGGGGUGGAGAAGCCCGUGGGUGAGGCCAUCAUCCAGGUGGACAUGGCUCCAGGGAAGGUCAACGUCAGAGUCCUGGCGGUGAAUGACAUGAAGUGGCAGACAUCCGGCAUGUUCCGCCCCUUCGUGGAGGUGAGCCUGAUUGGUCCGUUCCUGGCCGACAAGAAGCGCAAGUUCACGACCAAGUCCAAGAACAACAGCUGGUCGGCCAAGUACAACGAGGCCUUCCAAUUCGUGCUGGGCAAGGAGUCGCCCGACUGCUACGAGCUGCAGAUCUCGGUGAAGGACUACUGCUUCGGCCGCGCUGACCGGCUGGUGGGCGUGGCCGUGGUGCAGCUGCGCGACGUGGCCGAGCGGCGGAGCUGCGUGUGCUGGACGCCGCUGGGCGCGCGAGCGCACGCCGACGAGACGGGCGUCACGGUGAUGCGCAUCCUGUCGCAGCGGCCCGCCGACGAGGUGGCCAAGGAGUUCGUCCGGAUCAAGUCGGAGACCCGGCCGCUCGAGGAGGGCCGAUGAGGAGGGGCGUCUG